AUGUUGCUAAUAUAUACAACAGACAACGCUAAUCGACAAUCUCCCACCUUACGAAGGCGCGACGGUGGAGAAGUGGGACUGGUCCUGGAUAACCAAUCCAGCCACGCUGGCACUCGUCAGGGUGGAAACGACACCGGAGAACAAAGCACUAAAGGCAAGACGGGCUACAUCACCACUGCGGGCGGGCGAGAUUUGCGACAGCACACCAAUCUGGGUACCGAGAGAACCAAUGUUUCCGAAACCACAGAUGGCGUAGGUAGCAAUGAGCCUGGAGCGAGGGGAGAGAUUGUGGUAAGGGGAAUCGGGAUCCUUUGCGGCGACGAGAGUGUCGAAGGCCACAAACUCGUUGGCGAUGACCUUGAUACCGAUGAGACGUCCGACAAGGAGCAAUUCCUUGACGUCGCGCUUGACUCCGAGCAGGAAAGCGAUGGGCAGGCAGACGUAACCGAGAAUGAGCUCGAGAGUCAAGUCGUACUCGCCUUGCAACCCAAUAUAACGACCCCACCAGGUAAGAAUACCGUCGAUGAGGGCGAUGAGAGCGAUGAUGACAAGAAGUGUACUGAUAAUCAUACCAGCAAUCUUGAUACCGAGCCAGGCACCGUUGGCGAAAGCGUGGAGACCGUUGACGGCCUUGUCGUUCUCAUCCUCGGGGAUGACGACGCGUCCGGAGGUAAGGGUCUCCUCCUCCUCGGGAUAACGGAGUUUACUGAUGGCGAGGGAAGCAGGGAUACUCAUCACGCAAGACGAGAUCAAAGCUUGAGGAUUGAUACCCAUGUUACUAGCGCAAACACUUCCCGCAAUGGUCGCAAAACCAGAGGUCAUGAUUUGAUGAAUCUCAGCCCUGGUGAGAUGGGCCACAAAUGGCUUGAUCAACAUGGCAGACUCUCCCUGGCCGAUGAAGGGAGAGGCAGCGGCGACAACGGCUUCGGCACCGGACACGCGCAUGGACCAGAAGAAGAAGACGGCGAACUUGCCAAUGAACCACUGGACGAAGCCAUAGUAGAACAGGAGCUGGACCAGGGCCACGAAGAAGAUGAUGGGCGGGAUGACACUGAAGAAGAAGAAGGUCUGAGCCGCAAUUUCGGGAGUCGUCAAGAAGGCAGCUCCGUCCGCAGCGAAGUGCAGAAGCUCACGAGCUAGAGUAGAGAUGAACUCGAAGAUGUCGAAACCGGCCUUUGUUCGCAAGACGAACAGGGCGAUGAUGAACUGCAUGAGCAUGCCCACGAUGACAGUGUGCCAUACAAUGGCCUUCUUGUUGCGCGAAGUGGCCCAGAAGAAGGUGAUGAAGACGGCAAGACCAAACAAACUCACAGCGCGGUUGUCCCGCGUGUUGUCCUCUGAUUCCUCGCUAGCAAAAGCGCCGACGAUGAUGACCGCGAUGACCAAGGCACCUCCGGCGGGCACGCGCAAUCGCUCGGGGAUCAAGGCGACAAUCCGGGGACCAGUCUGGUUCCACACCCAGUGCAUGGGUUUGGAAACGAUACUGAUCGGGACGUAGAUGAACAGUAUGCGAAGCAUGAUGGCCAACCACAGCAAGAAAGGAAUCACCCAGUUCUUGUCAUGGCGAUGGACAACGAGACUGGCAAUCCACCAGCUAUCGAGC